AUGAGUUCGCAGGUUUCAUGCUGGGUAUUGUUGGUAGUGAUUGUUUUGCUGAAGUUUACCGUUGUGGCCGGAGGAGCGUACGACGAUCAGACCAAGGUCCACAUUGUGUACCUUGGUGAAACAGAGCAUGACGAUCCGGAGCUUGAAACGGCGGUGCAUCUGGGCAUGCUAGAAUCCUUGCUUGGAAGCAAAAGAGAUGCAAGCGAGUCCAUGAUCUAUAGCUACCGACAUGGCUUCUCAGGCUUUGCGGCCCAUCUUACUGAUUCUCAAGCCAAAAAAAUUUCAGAGCAUCCGAGUGUAGUACAGGUGACGCCAAAUAGCUACUACGAGCUGCAAACGACAAGAACAUUCGAUUACCUUGGGGUUUAUCAAAGUAAUCCAACAGGACUUCUCCGUCGGGCCAAUUUGGGUGAGGACAUCAUUAUUGGUGUCUUUGACUCGGGUGUGUGGCCAGAGUUGGAGUCGUUCAACGACCGAGAGCUAGGACCGAUCCCGGCACGGUGGAAAGGGAGGUGCGUUGACGGUGAGAAGUUCGACUCGAAGAAGAAUUGCAACAAGAAGCUGAUAGGAACACGAUAUUACAACAUGGACAGUCGUAUAUCCAAAACCGAGUUCAUGUCCGCAAGAGAAAGCGAUCCUCACGGGAGCCACGUGGCCUCCAUAGCUGGAAGCUCCUUCGUUCCGAAUGUUAGUAACCACGGGUUGGGAAUCGGUACAAUGAGAGGAGGGGCCCCCAACGCCCGUAUCGCUAUCUACAAAGUUUGUUGGCAAGGUAGCUGCUCGGAUGCAGCCACUUUGAAGGCUAUGGACGAUGCCAUUGCUGACGGAGUUGACUUGAUGUCGUUAUCCCUAGCCAAAUCGAUCCCUGUAUUGACUGAAACCAGCAAACAAAAUGGGAUAUCAUAUGGAGCAUUCCACGCCAUCUCAAAGGGAAUUCCAGUGCUCUGUGCAGGGGGAAAUUACGGGCCAAGUGCUUACACUAUCAGUAAUAUAGCUCCGUGGAUCAUCACCGUAGCUGCUACGAGUCUUGACCGGUGGUUUCCUACGCCAUUAACACUAGACAACAAUGUGACCAUAUUGGCACGGACACCAUACAAGGGAAAGGAAAUUCAAGGGGAUCUUAUGUUCGUCGAAUGCGCAAAUGAGAUAACAAGUGCCACAAAGGAUAAGGUGGUCCUAGUUUUCAUGACUCGGUGUGACAAUUUAGAAGAAACGCUCAUAACUAAGGUUGCUGAGGCCGACUCCAAAGCUCUAAUCAUCGCCUCCAAAAGAGUGGAUGCGAUCUCGGUUGUCGAAUUUAAUCCCAUAGUGAUCCGUGUCGAUUAUGAACAGGGCACUGUCAUAAUGAAAUACAUUAGUUCCACCAGCUUGCCCACCAUAAAGAUAAGCUCCGCAAUCACGCUCAUUGGGCCACUUAUAUCCACUAAGGUUGCUGACUUCUCCGGGAGAGGACCCAGUUCGUUAUCUCCGUAUGUUCUCAAGCCCGAUAUAGCAGCUCCAGGUGUGGCCAUAGUGGCUGCUUGUAACCCACUAAAACCAGGCGCCGAGAGCGGAUUCACUGCUGAGUCCGGAACUUCAAUGUCUACACCUGUGGUUGCCGGAUUGGUUGCUCUUCUCAGAGCUGUGCAUCCUGAUUGGUCACCUGCUGCACUUCGAUCAGCUCUUGUGACUACAGCUUCUACAACAGAUCCGUACGGAGAACCCAUAUUCGCCGAGGGAUUGUCACAGAAACUUGCGGACCCGUUUGACUUUGGAGGAGGAUUGGUCAACCCGGAAAAAGCAUCUGAUCCGGGUCUCGUUUACGACGCGGGCGCAGAAGACUAUUUGCGUUUCUUAUGUGCUUCCGGGUACGACGAGACAUCUAUCACCAAGAUGGCGAGUAAAACUACACCAUACCAAUGUCCAAGUCCAAGACCCUCCAUGUUAGAUCUCAAUUUGCCUUCCAUCACCGUCCCAUUCCUUAAAGGAGAGGUGACUGUCACUAGAACUGUCACUAACGUUGGACCCGUCUUCUCCUUCUACAAACUCAUCGUUGAGCCUCCUUUCGGAGUCACAAUAGACGUCGCACCCAACGUACUCGCCUUCAACACAUAUGUCAAGCAACUCAGCUUCAAUGUCACGAUCUCCACAACCCACCAAGCCAAUUCAAUCUACUAUUUUGGAAGCUUGACUUGGACUGAUUGCUCUCAUCACAAAGUCACUAUUCCCAUAUCAGUGAGGACGCAGAAGUUGAUGUAUUUCAACCACUGA